GGAUUUUUUAUUUAUCUGGUUGAGCAUAUCUUUGUCAUGAUCGUUUACGGAAUCUGGCAAAUGAUAGCGUUGUUUUUUAGGUUGCUGAGAUUAGCAGCCUGUUUGUCGCCUUGUUGAAUACCGCGGAAAACUCAAAGCGAAUCGGUAGUGUGAUGGAUGUGAUGGAUGAGAAUCCCCCCAGAUGCGAAUCUCCAGUGACCGUAAUGUUCUCGUUUUGACGGUUCAUUUUCCAAGAGUAACCAUUCUGUUUUGUCGUGGCCUACAGAAGGACUUUCCAAAAUCUCACUUUUUGUGCUUUGGUAAGUCUUGUGUGCUUUUCCUUUGACACAGUUCAAAAUCCAUCUAGUGCUUACUGGAGAAAGAAAUCUCUCGUUUGGUGCUCUGGUAAGACAUGUGCGGUUUUCCGUGCUUUCGCAUUGCAACAUGGUUGGAAGGAUCGUACUGCUUACCACCGAAAUCUUCACCUUUUUGUGCUUUGGGGAGGCACUUUGCAAAUCUCACACCUUUUUCUUACACAGUGCAACAUGUCAAUUUCCAGUGCGUGGCAUCUAGAAUAUACUGGAAGAUGAGUUCGUACAGCCCAAAAAUCUCUUUUUGCCAGAGACAAGACGAUAAAAAAUCAUCAAAGGGAGCUUUGUGUACUGCAGAUCCAUCUUCGCCGUCUAAAUGUUCUACAUUAAAAGGAGUAGAGUGCACAGAUAUUUUGCCUGUCAGCAAACGCUGUUGGUUGAAUGCAAAAAAAAAAAGAGUCUGCGGCUCACACAAACCUGUAUUCAGGACGCUGCUGAAAUGAAGUUUGGUCAGUGCGUCUGUAAACUGACACAAUAUG